AUGGCCGUUGAUGCUCACCAUCUCCUCUUCUCUAACAGAGAGUUAAUGAUGAACAACAACAACAACAACACCACCAUGGAACCAACUAGUGGCGGUUUCUGCACGAACAACCAAACCGGAUACGGAUACGGCGUCGUUUCACCUUUCGACGAUACGCAUCAUCUUAACAUGUACGGCGGCGCCACCACCGCUGAUACUAUUCCGACCACCGCCGAUUCAUUCACAUACUACCCCGACGGCGCUAAUGUCAACAGUGAUAGUUUCUUCCCGAGAAAACGCUCCAGAGACUCCAGAUCGAACUAUCAUCAUCAUCAACCUCAACUUUUUCAUCAGAACCCAAGAUCAUCAUGCGUUACUAGUACUGCUCCGUUCUCGUUUCUCGGCCAAGACAUCGAUAUCUCCUCUCACAUCAAUCAGCAACAGCACGAUAUCGACCGAUUCGUCUCCCUUCAUAUGGAGAGAGUGAAAUUCGAGAUACAAGAAAAGAGGAAGAGGCAAGCGAGGACGAUAAUGGAGGCGAUAGAGCAUGGACUGGUGAAAAGGCUUCGAGUCAAAGAAGAAGAAAGAGAGAGAAUCGGGAAGAUCAACCACGCGCUCGAGGAGCGAGUGAAGUCACUCGCAGUCGAGAACCAAAUCUGGCGGGAUCUCGCUCAGACCAACGAGGCAACCGCCAACAACCUCCGCACCAACCUCGAGCAGGUCCUGGCGCAGGUUAAGGACGUCCAGGGCGCAGGAUUGGAUAACGUGAACGGGAGCGACGAAGACGAUGCGCAGUCUUGCUGCGGGAGCAGCACUCGUGAAGAAACGGUUAGGCGCAGUGUAGCAGCGACGGAGGCGCAUGAUAAGGCGGGGAAAGGUAGGAUGUGCAGAAACUGUGGGGAGGAGGAAUCGUGUGUGUUGCUCUUACCGUGCAGACACUUGUGCUUGUGUGGAGUCUGUGGGUCCAGUGUGCACACGUGUCCCAUCUGUAGAUCUCCUAAAAACGCUAGCGUUCAUGUCAACAUGUCACCUUGA